CUGAUGUCACUCAAGGGCACGAGUCUAGAAAAAGCGCAUGCACCCGCAGCGCUGCACUGGCCAGUGGGCUCCAGCUAACUCUGCGGUAGCCAUCAACCCUCACCCAGGGGGUUCCAUUCGGACGGAGUCGCCUAAGGACUCAGCCCCCCGCGGCACGCAGCUCCCCAACAAGCCGCGACCGCUUACCUUGGCCUCCUCGCCUCUGCCUAGGUCGGUAUCGGGAGAUGGGCCUCCGCGCGACCGUUAAAUUCCAAGGAGCGUGCGCGCGCCCCGGCGUCUCCCCCGCGAUUGGCUGCUCGGAAGAGGGCCGAGCCCGCGAGCACAGCGCGCGCACCUCCCCUAGUUUCCCUGACGCGCCGCUCGCGCCAGAGAGGGCAAGGCGACGCCGGAGGCGUGGGAGGGUGGGGCUUAAGGCCAGGACCUCUGCUGAUUGGCUCUCUAGAAACUGCGGGAAAGACGCCUUGGUUUCUCGCGUGCGCAGUCAGGAAGAACAAGCCUCUUGGUAGGAGCAGGCCGUGGGCGGAGUAGAACGCAUGCGCAGACCUGGAAACCUCGGAUUUUCCCAGCCUGGGUCCACCGUGGUUUAUGGUCUCGCUGAAUGCUUCCGGCCGGAGGCCGGUGCUGAAACAGGUCCUGCACCACUAAGCCAUGUCUUCCACCAGCACCUGGGCUUUGCUCCGUCUCCCUGCACCACUGAUCAGGAUAUGCUCUGGGAAGUGGGGGCUCAGGCUUCAAGAGAAGCCAACACUGCUCUUCCCAGGAAUGGCUGCCAGUGCGGUCCAGGUGGCAGGCAGGAAGGAUUAUCCUGCUCUGCUUCCCCUGAAGGAGAGUGAGCUGGAAGAACAGUUCGUGAAAGGACAUGGUCCAGGGGGCCAGGCCACCAACAAAACCAGCAACUGUGUAGUGCUCAAGCAUGUGCCCUCCGGCAUUGUGGUCAAGUGCCACCAAACACGAUCUGUGGAUCAAAACAGAAAGAUAGCUCGGAAAGUCCUCCAGGAGAAAGUGGAUAUUUUCUACAAUGGUGAAAACAGCCCUGUUCACAAAGAGAAGCUCGAGGCUGAGAGGAGAAAGCAAGAGAGGAAGAAAAGAGCAAAGGAGACUCUAGAAAAGAAGAAGUUAUUGAAAGAACUGUGGGAAGCAAGUCAGAACAUUACCAAGAAAAAGGCCGAUGCUGAUGGUACCCAGGAAUAAGGCUUCCUGGCUCCAGCAUUAAUUAUAACAUCUAAAGAGAACAUUCUGGAACUGGGCAGAGUGGUGUAUACCUGCAGUCUCGGCACUUGGGAGAGCUAAGGCAGGAGGAUUGCUGCAAGGUUCAGAACAAGCUCACCUACAUAGCCAGUUCUGCAGCAGCCUUCCCUACCUGUGAGACUGUCUCAAAAUGCGUAAGUAGGAGCUGGAGAGUCAACUUAGCAGUUAGGAGAGCUUGCUGCUCUAGGAGAAGACUCGGUACUUCUCAUGAGACUGCUCACAACCUACUGCCUGUAACUGCAGCUCUAGGAGAUCCAGUGCCACCUUCUGGCCUCCACAGGAUAACAUACACUCUCAUACAUACAUCAUUUUAAGAACCUUUUAAAAAUAUCAUUCUGGUGGACUUAACUUUUUAUCUGCAUGUUCACAUGCAUGGCAGAAAAGGGAAUCAGAUUAUAGAUGGUGUGAGCCACCAUGUAGUUCCUAGAAACUGAACUCAGGACCUCUAGAAGAACAGUCAGUGCUCUUAACCACUGAACCAUCUCUCCAGCCCUUAGAUUUUUAUUUUUAACUAACUUAUGGAGUGUGGGCAUGUGCACAGGAGUGCAGGUACACACUAAGGCCAGAGGAAUUGGGUCCUCCUGGAGCUGGAGUUACAGGAGAUAGUUAGCUGCUCAGCCCUGGGGCUGGGAAUAGACCCUAGUCCUCUAAAACAACAGUAUGCACUUUGAAUGCUGAGCCAUCUCUUCAGGCCCCACCAUCAAUUUCUUUUUAAUGAUUUAACUUUAUGUACAUUGUUGUUCUGCCUGCUUAUAUGUAUGAAUGUCAGAUCCCCUGAAACUGCAGUUCUGGAGUUGUGAACUGCCAUGUGGGUGCAAAGCCAUUACAGUAGGAGCACAGUAUCCAGUUUGUGGGUUGCCAUUGUUUCAUGGGCAGGUGGCAGAGUUCCUUGAUUUUGGCAGUGGUUACAAAAAUAUCCCCUUUUAUGCUUCUUUGGUUUUGAGACAGAAUCUCAUAUGUCCAAGCUGGCCUUGAAUUCACUAUGGAAUCAAGGAUCAUCUUGAAUUCCUAAUCUUCCUGCUUCCCUCCCAUAUUCUAGGAUUAUACAGGCUUAUGUAACAGGUCUGGGUUUUUUGUUUUGUUUUGUUUUGUUUUAAAAGAGAGUCUACUAUAACCCAGACUGUCUUCCUGUGGAUUUGUAGGGAAUCCCCCUGCCUGAUCAUCUCAAAUGUUAGGAUUGAAUGUAGCUCUGACCUAGUAGUACAAUGUUAUUCUAAAAAGGUAGGAAAUAGGGCUGAUGUGACUCAGCAGCCAGAGGCACUUCUGCGUUCUGAUCCUCAAAAUCCACGGAUGGGUAACAGGUCAGAACUGACUCAGCAGAGUUGUCCACUGACAUCACUGUGACCAUAUGCCCACACUCAUCAAACAUAAAAAGUGAGCAAGUAAAAGGCUAAGAUUAAAAACAACUUUUAAAAUUGUUUAAAUUUUUAAAAAUUGUUAAAGUAAGCCCCUUUUUAUGGCAAGCUGAGUCAAAUAGCACUGAGCUUUCAACUCCCAGGCCACUGCUGAGCUGUCUUAAGGAUCAUUUAUCCUUAGUUUCUGGUAAAGGGAAAAUGACAGUGGAUUGUUACAGUCACACAGACAACCUAGAGUCACCGGGGAAGAGUUAAGGAGAAUUUAUCUAGGCUGCCUUGUAGGUAUGCCAUGGAAAUUGUCUUGUAAACUGAAGCAAGGCCAGCCCACCGUAUGCAGCAUUCUUCCCUUAGCAGGAAUCCUGACUACUAUGAGACCACUGAGAAAGAACAAGUGCUGGCGGUGGUGGCACACACCUUUAAUCCCAGCACUUGGGAGGCAGAGGCAGGCAAAUUUCUGAGUUCGAGGCCAGCCUGGUCUACAGAGUGAGUUCUAGGACAGCCAGGGCUACACAGAGAAACCCUGUCUCGAAAAAACAAAAGCAAAAACAAGAAAGAACAAGCAACAAUGCUUUUAUACUCUCUGCUUUUGACUGUGAAUGUGUUGAGUUCCUGCCUUGACUCCCCCCAAAAUGAUGAAUUAUGACUUAAAACUGUAAGCUAAAUAAAUGAACUUUCUUCCUUAA